AUGAGUGUAAAACUUAACGAUACCUAUUACUCUACUUUAUAACCUUCUUAAACAGGAGGAACACAAAAGAAAAUAGCUAAAAUUGACAUAGAAAAAUUGAAAUAGAUAAGGAGCACUAAAUAGCUACUUAAAUAGAGAUUAAGAACAUAAGAUCUAGAGAAAUCAUAAAGUGUCCCUAUUAGGACCUUCGAAUUAGAGAUGUACAAGGUUGGAAUAACUUUACAGAACAGGGAUAUGGAUUUCCUCAUUUAAAAGUAUAGUGAUCCUCAGAAAUCACAAAAUAUUCUUUAUGAGGAAGUUAUUAGAUCUCUAGUUCCUGAACUAAGGAAUGAUUCCUCUAUUAAAUGGACUAUUCAACAGUCAGUCAAGGAUUAAAUUAGAGGAGUUGAUACAGUAGAAAGAUCCCAUGAUUUAUCGAAUCGAAAGAUCCUCAUGCACAGGCGUAACAGUAAAGAAGAAAGUUAGAGUAAUUUCCAAAGCUCAAAAAGCCUAAAUAAAACCUAGAAUUUCAAGAACAUGUUCCAAUCAAUGCAUGAAUAGCGCAAGAAAAUGAACGAGUCAGGGAUGACUAUUUCUCAGAACUAGAAAGAUAAUCUUUCAAUGAGCUAAACUUAUUCAAACAAGGAUAUUUAUUAAAAAAUAACAAUAAAAACACCUAUAAAUGAAUUAGACUCCUACAUAUCAAAGGAUUUGUCAAGUGCGAGUAAAUCACUCAAUAUUUUUAAGAACAAGUAGAACUCUAAGUACAUCAAGGCGUCAAUCAACAACACAUUUGAUAUUCAAGAACGAGAUAGAAUUCGAAGAUUCUUGAAAAAGGACAAUAUAGAUAUCAGACAUCUGAAUGACAUAAAGAGUGCAUUUUUAUCUUGCGAGUAGUAACCGCUAGGUCUUGUAAAAAAGUCUGAUUUUUUGUUCAAACUUUACAAAAUGAACCUCAAAUUCCCACAAGAUUUCUUUAUUUCAAUGCUUAAGACUAUUUAAGAAGAUCCUGAUGAUGAGUCAGAUGAUGCUAUUCUGAGUUAUAUCAAGCUAAGAGGAGUGAUUGAUGUUUAAAUGUCUUGUCCAUCAAGGCUUAAAGGAGAUAGUAAUAAUUCCAAUUCUUUCAAAGUAAGUUUGGAAUAUUAAACUGACAUAAAAAAUGCUUCAAACGACAAAACUGAUAAGCUGAUCAGAUAUGUUCAUAUGAGAAUAGAAGAGAAAUUCAAAGACUUCAGACAUGCAUUUAGAGGAUUCGAUCGCAACUAUGAUGGAAAUUUGAGCUUUAAGGAGUUUAUGGGCGGCUUAGAGAAUAUAGGGAUUAGAUUGAGUCUCGAGGAUUUUCUUAAAAUUUUCCAAGUCCUUGAUUACGAUCAAACAGGUGAAAUUGACUUCUUUAAGUUCUGCCUUUUAAACACAGACAAAAUGAAGGAUACUCAUAACUAUAUGAAUACACUAAAAUAGUAACAAGAUUAGUAAGAACCUAUUCAUAGGAAGAAACCACCCCUUCCACAUAUGAUAUAGUUAAAUCCCAAGGGAGGCUAGGGCUAGCCUAAGUUACAUUCAUUUGCUGAAGGAAUAGUUCCAAAAAAUAAAGAUUACUCAGGUUUUAACAAAGAUAUUUAAGAACCAACUCCUUUAGAAAAAGUGAGAAAGUAUGAAAUCCCUCUUAUAUUAAUGUUAUUUAGGUAAAGGAGAUAAAUAAAACUCCCAGCAAGUAACUCAUUCGCAUAUGGAAUUCAUAAUGAGUAAUAAUUUAAAUAUGAUCAUAUUUGUAGGUUCGAACAUGAUAUGCCAGCAAUAAUGUCCAAUCAAUACUAAGACUAAGAAGUGAAAGUAAAAAAAGAGCCGUUAAAAUACUACAGCUCUACUCCGAUGAACAAAUCUACUAAAUCUAUUGAUCUAGAAUAAACUUAGCCUAAGAAGAACAACAAGAUUCUAUUAGGUCGAGUAAACAUGAGAGAUAAAUUUGUAAAUAGAUCACAGAAAGAUUUGUUCCAGAGGAAUGCUGCAAGAUCUUUAAGCAGACCUAAAGAUCUAUGA